CCGGGUGUGCACGUUCUUGUCAACAGAGCUCGCCCUUCAGGUGAGAUUCUGGCUCAUCAUGUCAGACUGGUCACCGGGGCUCCGGUCUGUUCUAUGAUGGGAGAACCGGGCCCGCGUGCCGCAGGUGGACUAGUCCGACCGGUUUAGUUGUUGCUCUGAUGAGGGAACGCUAAAGAUGAACGCGGCGACGGUUGUGGCGCUUCUGCAUCUCUGCUUCACCGCGACAGCGGCGGUUUCGCGGGAAAAAUCCUCCCAAACAGAGAUAAAAGUCAAACCGGGGGACACCGUUCCACUUCAGUGUUGCCCCUCCGGCGUCACCCAGGCGUCCGCCGCCUGGUCGAAAAACGGAGCAGAGAUCACCUUCCCCCCACCGCAGCAGCAGUCCCCCCCCGGGGGCCGCCUGUCCCUCCACGAGGACGGGAUCCUGAGCAUCAGCCCGGUGACACCUGAGGAUGCGGGCAUCUACAUGUGCAACUGCACACUCCCGCGGGAAAGCAGCUCCCAGACUCGGCUGCUGCUUCAGGUGGAAAGGGUCCCGGUCACACAUCCAGAUUGUGCGUUGGUGCCUUCCUCUGAUCCCACUCAGGCCAUUUUCAACUGCUCCUGGUUGGGAGCGGUCCCCCUCCCGACGCUGAGCUGGAGUGGGAAAGGCCCCGCCCUGGUGACGGCGAACGUGACGGACAGCCUGCUGCUGACCCUGAACGCGUCGCAGGUGUCCCACGGGGAGACGGUGACGUGCACGGCCCAGCACGAGCUGCUCAGUCCGAGCGACAGGAGGUUCUGCUCGCUGACCCUCAAAUUACCGUACCCUGAGGGUACACCCUUGGUGUCUGCGCUGGAGGGCUCCAACAUCAAUCUAAGCUGCAGUGAGACCUCCUCCAUCCCCAUUGCCAACACCACUUGGAGAAAAGGCCUUCAGCAGGACCUCAUCCGACCCGGAUCCAAGUACGUCUUCUCAGGGACCAACCCCAACUUCCAGCUGACCAUCGUCAACGUCAGCAAAGAAGACGAAGGCAUCUACUUCUGCCGCAGCGAGAACCUGCUUGGUGUCCGUGAGCUGGAGAUCAGCCUGACGGUGAAAGCGGCGUCCUCUGCGUACACGGGGGCGAUCAUCGGCGUAUUCCUAGCCGUGCUGAUCCUGGGCUCGGUUGGCAUCGUGGCGAAGAUGGUUUACUUGAACCGGCACAGGAUCUGCCUGGAUGGAGGCUUUACACAAAUGGAGGAGAAUGGUGAUGUGCUGAGUCUGGUGGAAUCGGACGAAGAGCAGUUCUACCGGGACGCUGUUCCACAGCUGCCACCGAUGAGCAACGAUCGCCAGACGACGCUGGUUCAGAUACAUCGUAUACCAUCCAGCGAUCAGGACGAUGCAGAAAAGAACGAGGCGACCACGCAGCUGCCGGAAGACACGGAGGAGGCCACAGAAGAGCCAGAGGAUCUUGUAGUGUUUUAGAUGUUGGAUUUUUUUAAAUGUUUUUGUUUUAGAUGAAAGUCUCGUUUUAAGAAAUGACGUUUUUUGUUUCCCCCAAUAGGAAUGUGAACUGGGUCGAUGGAGAUGUGUGUAAUAGAAACAUACCUUACCUUUUUUUUUUUUUUUUUUAAACAACCUUUUUUUUAUUCUUUUUUAUGACUUGAUGAUUUGUUUGAAAUGCUUUCUAAAUGUGUGAGACACAAUAAAAUGUAUACCUGUGGAAACGCACUAAAAAGCUCUUUUCUAGGGUUGUUUUUUUGUAUAUUUGUUUAUUGGUUGUGUUGGGUUUCCACUCGAUCAUUGUUCUGUUCUUUUUUUUUUUUUCUGUUGGUGAAAAUUAAAAAUCAACAAACAAUAA